UAUGUUGAUCCUGUUAUCGAAAGAUUGGAUCCAAAGCACUGCAUCCGUUAUAGGCUAUCAAGAGGUGCAACUAGAUAUGUUGAUGGCAAGCAUUACAGAGAUUUUUCCAAGCUAAAUCGGGAUCCAUCGAGAAUUAUAUAUGUGAGUGGACAUGCACUAGAAAGUAGCCUUCAGCCAGAAAAUUGCAUAGAAAUAAAACCAUGGAAAGGAGAGGCGGAGGAUACUGUGCUUUUGGAUCUUAUUCCGUUUCUUGAAUAUGUUGCUAAACAUAGGCCAGCUGAUAUCCGAACUGUAUUAGCUUCAUACCAAGGACGUGAUAUUCCUAAGGAGUUCAUUGAGCGGUCCAAGGAUUACCAAAGGCGUAUGCAAGAGCAAAAGCAGCAUGGUCGAUUCUGGCGCCGCUAGCGAUAGGAGUUGAUGUGAGUUGGUUUUGAGAGGCAGAAAUAAAAAUUAAAAAAAAAAUUCCUUUGUAAGAGUAGAACAGUUGAUAGAAGGACGUAAAACUAUAAUCCCAUUUUUGUGUAGCUAAGAAAAAGGAUUUGUCCCAGUUGAGAAAAGUUACAACAUGACUAUUCUUUUUCCCUUCCAGCAAAAGGCUUUUGUCAUCACCUCUUCGCAAUACUAGAGAAUGACAAUGUUUUGUUACCAG